UGUUUCUUGGAUUUGAGAGAACGGCUGCUCCCUGUGAAAUAGGACAAGUUGAUGCACAAGUGGGAGUUGACUGAGAGGCGGAACACGCGCUCGGUACAAAAGUUCUUUGGUGUUUUAUUUUGUUUCAGACGAAGGGGAAGCAGUCGGGUAAUAGUUUAUAGUUCCUUGAGGCGGUCUUUAUUUAUCCGCCCAGCAUCCUCAAGAAGAAAUCGCGCAGACUUUGCGGUACAUUUCCACCGAGGACAGAACGUCUUGUUACUUGGAGCUCUGAAAUCCGAGUUUUGGAUUAUUUUUAUACACUUUUUUUUUAUUAAAGCCUACAUCUACUCCAAUGAUGUCGGGGCACUUUGGCGUGUCUGCAGACUGCGUCCCCAGACGUCCUUCGGUGAGGACAGAAGACGUAUUCAAAGAGGACCAAGAAAACGGGACUCUACUGAUGGUGGCGAUGAUUUUGCUGGACCUGAGGAAAUGUGGUUCCGACGCUCUCGGCGCCGGCGAAGCGGAAAGGCAGGACAAGGAGGAGCGGGGCGGCUGCAUGGAGUCCGAGGACAGCCGGGCUUCGCCGGUCCUCAAGCCGCAGCAGGCCCGGAGCAGCAAGUUGCCGGGAGGGAGACAAGGCUCGCCCGAGAAGCGGCACUGCUGCCCGUUCGCUGGCUGUGGGAAGAUGUACGGAAAGUCGUCCCACCUGAAAGCUCACCUCAGGGUCCAUACCGGUGAGCGCCCCUUCAAGUGCACCUGGCCAGACUGCAACAAGAAGUUCUCCCGAUCGGACGAGCUGACCCGCCACUAUCGCACUCACACAGGCGAGAAGCGCUUCAACUGUCCCAUGUGUGAAAAGUGCUUCAUGAGGAGCGACCACCUGACGAAGCAUGCCCGGCGACACGCAGGCUUCCAUCCUAGCAUGCUUCAGGGCUCCAGCGCGGCCAAGAGACACUGCAGCUCCAUGUCCGUGUCCUCCUCCGAUUCUGGGUAUCAAAGCCCUUCUGGACUGUGAAACAACUCUAAUUCUGUAAAAAAUGUACAUAAAGAUGCAGAAUAGAAGCAUACACAGUCACACAGGACAUGUGUGUAUUUGUACAUGAAUGCCGUCCAGCUUGACCAGCCUGACCACGAUUCAGGGAUUUUUUUUUUCAUGUAACAUUACACAACAGCUGACAGGAACAUUUUGAAACUGCAGCUCACUGACUUAUUCCCUGAGGAAGCGGGUGUUUAUGAUGUGUUACUCGGGCUCUAAUUCAUCCUUUUCACUGAAAGAACCUCUUAUCUAAGUAGUAUUCCUGUACAUAAACAGUAUUCCUUUUUUAAGCAGCAUCACAUUUUAGCAGCAAGAUUCCUUUCUACAGAAUUAUUUUCUACUGUCUUCAGAAGUUCUGCAAAAGUAGGGAAUGUUAUCUAUUGUACAUAUAAGGUUGUAAUUACAGUUUUGUACAGUUUUCAGACAGCAUGAAUGCACCGCAGAGCAGUAUUACCAUGUAAAUAUGGACAAACCGGGUGGUUUUAAGCAGCGUAACGUAGUGAUGUCAUUAGAGAGUAAUAAUAAUAGUUAUAUUACAGAGAGAUACAGAGCUUCAAUAUUUUAUUUAACAUUUUUGGUCAUGGACUUCAGGUAUAAUCAUAUUAUCUUGUAAAUAUAUGAAAAAAAUAAAACUGUUUCCUGUGUUGAAACUGAAAUGUUUUCAUACGAUGAUGAACCUGCAAAUACAUGCACACAAAUAUUAGCAGCGAGACGAUCACACACAAGCUGAUCUCACGGGAAUUCACACUAAUGUUGUUUUGACUUGAAUUAGACAACACAACAGGGUAAAGCGGUUUUGUUUUGAUCAAUGUUAAAUCCGUGAUCUGUUGUCAGUGGGUGCUUUCUGAUGGGAUUGUAGCAGAGGGGGAUUAUUUAUUCUCUGGUGAAACAACCACUCGAAUGAACGUUUGCCACAUGAUCCUUUGUGUUGCUUCUCACUAUAACGACUGUCUGGAACACCAACGGUGCCGGUUGCUUUAAGCUGAAAUUCAAGCUCAUUUGUCUGUCUGCUGGUUUUAUUCAUUUUUUUAUUUUUUAUUUGUUUUGUUUUCAAAGGGGACUCAUCUUUUUUGUGAUCCUGCAGUGAUUACCACGACCCUAUGUGGUGGCAUGGAAGCACAACAUUGCUCACAGGGAAACAUAGCAUUUUUAGCACUUUGAGGACUGUUAGCUAGUUUGUAAAUGAGCGUGUUUCUGUGUGUUUUCCUUAUUACCAAUGGGUUGAGAGGUCUGUUUUGUCCACUAACGGAGCCAGCUGUAUCGUUUAUGUCAUUACAUAUAUUUUUUUACUUCAAAUGUGUGAAGUAGUUGAAGGACAUGGACUGCUUACCUUUGUCAAGUGAAAACCUUUUGUUCAGGGAGGGGGUGUUAAAAUAACUGUGAUUAUUUGCUGGUGCCUUUCAUGUUGAAGCACUUCUCCUUCUGAUGCUUCUGUAAUCAGGGACUGAUGAUGCAAACUCCAUGAUAUUGCGACACAUGUGGCUGUGUAAUGAUUACUCCUAAAGGUUUUGGCAUUAAAAUUACUGUUUUUCAUACUAAACAAGCAUCCGCUCCUCUUGUUUCACACCAUUUCUGUCAGCGUCAGCCAGGACAACUCCAACAAUGUUUGCUUUGUGUUUAUUCAUCACCUUCAUACACUGCACAUGACAAUAACAUUGUUGAAUACUGUAAUGGAAGUGUUUACUAUAUGUGGAAAUCGUUAAAAA